AUCCCAUCUAACUCUUCACUCUUAAUCUUCUUCUCCUUCUUCUACCAACACUCUCUAAUAAGGAAAAUAUCAAAUGGCUAUGGCAUCGGUGGUGGUAUUGCUUGGGCUGUUGGCAAUGGCGGUCCAACCGUCCAUACAACAGGAUAUACUAAAUCCUGUGGUUGGCUCUUCAAAGAAGAUCAAUGCAGUCUCUGCUUUUGGGCUUAUUGUGACUUCCAGCACUGCUGAGAAAGCACUUAACGACUCUGGGAUUUUCACUGUUGACUCUUAUGUUGACAUGAAAGGAAGGAGAUAUUUGAUGGGAACUAUCUCUGGAGCUAAUGUUGUUUACGUAAACUCUGCCAAUCGUCCAAUGGUAAACGUGGGGUUAACACUGCAACAAAUGGUUGAACUAUUUAAUAUUCGAGGAAUAAUUCACUUCGGCAGUGCUGGAGGAAUCAGGAAUUCCUUGACUGUUGGAACUGUGGUUGCUCCUGCUCUUAUUGGCCACACUGGAGUUUGGACUUGGAACAAACAUGGAGAAUCAAAUGGGCAACUCGUGUUUGGAAAAUUCAAUAGUCCUGAAAAUGGUGAUAAUUUGUUGGGAAGUGUUGAGUUUGGAGGUUCUGAGGUUUACAGACAAGGAAGCUUGGAGAAGAACCAAUUCUGGCUUGCCCCUAAUGCAAGAUGGUUAUGGCUUGCCUCUAAAAUUGAGGGUGUUGUGACUGGACUGAAGGCUGCAAGUUCUGAUAUCUACGUUAAGAACUAUGCAUACAGAGAGUUCUUAUGGUAUACAUUUAAGGCCUCAACUGUCGAUACGACUAGCUCUGCUGUCGCUUUGGGUGCUAUCUCAAACGACCUGCCGUUCAUUGUAUUCCGGGGAGUCGCGAACACUGCUGGCGCUUCUGACCAGAGCAACGGCACUUUGGCAAACGAAAAUGCUGUGAAAGCCGUCAACCGCUUCAUUUUUCUGGCUACUGUUCCCCGAGAAGUUUAUGAGGACUAGUACUCUGAGACAUGCGUCAAGUCGUUUGAGUACUAAAUAACUGACCAUUUGUACUCGAAUGGAUUUUGUAAUGGUCACUUUUCUUUAAAUGAAAGUAAAUUAUGCUAA